AUGGCGCCCAAGCUUUCCUCCGUAGGCAUGCUCGCCCUGCCCGCUAUGCUCCUUAUUCCUAGCGUCGUCGCCGACGCAGAGGUCUGCGACAACGACACCCCCCUCAGCUGCUCAAGCUCCAGCGUCGAGCCAUCCUGCUGCUUUAACAGCCCUGGGGGGUCACUCCUGCUCACCCAAUUCUGGGACUAUGAUCCGUCCACCGGUCCGACGGAUUCUUGGACUCUUCACGGCCUCUGGUGCGCAUAUUAA